AUGCAUUUGGCGCUUCCGGUUGCGGUGCUCGCUGUAGCGGGUAUCCUGACCAGUGCUCAACAACACACGGAAGAUCGCUGUAAAGAUCGCUCAUGUUAUCCGAUCACUGGAAAUCUUUUGAUUGGACGAAAACAUCGUCUGAAAUCAUCGUCCACCUGCGGGUCAAGGGGCAGAGAAAGAUUCUGCAUCGUUUCUCAUUUGGAGGAACAGACGAAGUGCUUCUACUGUGAUUCACGGACAGAAUGGAGACCAUACAGGGAGCCUUACAGAUUGAGUCACAGAAUCGAAAAUGUUGUUUCCGAUGGCUACGAAGACAAGAAUCGCAAUUGGUGGCAGUCAGAAAAUGGUGUUCAAAAUGUCACCGUACAACUUGAUCUCGAAGCCGAAUUCCAUUUCACCCAUCUCAUAAUGACAUUCAAGUCGUUUCGACCCGCCGCGAUGAUCAUUGAGAGAUCAGCCGAUUUCGGAAAAACAUGGCAGGUAUAUCGAUACUUUGCAUACGAUUGUGCAGGAACGUUUCCUGGAAUCCCGGAAGGACCACCGAAGAAGCACACGGAUGUUAUUUGCACUCGUGCUUAUUCUGACGUUGCUCCUUCAACUGGAGGAGAGUUAGUUUACAAAGUUAUUUCGCCUCAUAUUGCAACCGAGAAUCCCUAUGCUGACGAGAUCGCUAACCUGCUCAAAAUUACUAACCUUCGAUUCAAUUUCACAAAACCAGAAAUUGAAGAGAAGUAUUACUACGCCAUUUACGAAAUUGUGGUCCGUGGAUCGUGUUCAUGUUAUGGCCACGCUUCGCGCUGUAUCCCAAUCGAUAACAACAAUGAUCCACAAGCUUUGUCUCGAGCUGAUAUUGUACAUGGUCGCUGCGAGUGUAUGCAUAAUACGGAAGGUCUCAAUUGUGAAAAGUGUCGUGAUUUUUAUAAUGAUCUCCCAUGGCGUCCUGCAAUUGGAGAGGACACGAAUGAGUGUAGAAGGUGUGAAUGUAACGGGCACGCUGCACGGUGCCAUUUUGACCGAGCGGUAUACCAAGCCAGUGGUUUCCAAUCGGGAGGAGUUUGCGAUGACUGUCAACACAAUACUCAGGGAAAGAACUGUGAACAGUGUAAGCCGUUCUUCUAUCGAGAUCCUCAGCGUCCCAUAACUGAUCCAUACGUUUGUCUUCCUUGCAACUGUGAUAAGGCGGGGUCGCAAGAUGAUGGCAUUUGUGAAGGUGAGGAGGAUCCCGAGCGUGGCCUUGUAGCCGGUAAAUGUUACUGCAAGCCGAACGUAGACGGACCAAGAUGUGAUCGAUGCAAAAAUGGGUUCUGGAAUCUGCAGGCAUCCAAUCCUGAUGGAUGUACCACUUGCUCUUGCCAUCUUCUUGGAACAUAUAACAAUGAAGGAUGCGACAAAAUGACAGGCCACUGCACGUGUAAACGUCUUGUCACUGGAGAAAAUUGUGACCAGUGCUUGCCGGAGCAUUAUGGGCUGUCUGAGGAUGUCGACGGGUGCAAGGCAUGUGACUGUGAUAUUGGAGGAUCCCUGAACAAUAAUUGCGAUCUAGUCACUGGACAAUGUUCCUGCAGGGAAGGAUUCAGUGGACGAAGAUGUGACACUGCGGAUUCGAGCUACUACUGUGCCAACAUUGAUCAUUUCACUUAUGAAGCAGAAAAUGCUGGACUCACAAAUGCUGAAAUCGAAGAAAAAGAAACUCCUUCUAGAGAAACUUCGAUGGUGUGGACCGGUUUGGGAUAUGUAAGAGCUAACGAGAGAAGCGCCAUCAGUUUCAAAGUAGACAAUAUCCAAGUCAGCCAAAAGUACAACAUAAUACUGCGCUACGAUGCCGGCAGGGACCCAAUCGGUUGGGAAAAUGUGCAAGUCACUGUUGUUCGGCCUAGUGAGCCUAGUGGAGAAUGUAGAGACAGUGAUCCAUCUGAUGAUUUCCUAAUAGCACGUCUCCAUCCUGGUGGUCGUUAUGUGGAAGUUCACCCUGCUGUGUGUCUGGAAGCAAAUGUAGACUAUGAGAUCCGCGUGCAAUUUGGAGAAAAGCGUACCGGCGUUCAAGAUCGAGGGGCAUGGGUGCUGAUAGACUCGUUGGUGUUGGCACCACCAACCGACUCCCUGCUUAUUUUCCAAGGAUCUGAUCGCGCUUUACAGCACAAAACUGAGUAUGAUCGCUACCAAUGCCGAAAUCUUAUUUUGUCUCUUACUCCUCCUGAAAUGUUGAGCGAAACUUGUGAACGCUAUAUUUGUCCCGUCGCCGCUGCAGUGCUCAACCGAACAAGCUCAUGUGAUUGUGACCCUACAGGUUCUGUUUCUGGUAUAUGUAGCGUCAAAGGAGGUCAAUGUGAAUGUAAACCGAACGUAAUUGGAAGACGGUGUGACCAGUGCGCUGUAGGAACAUAUGGUUUUGGAAGGUCAGGUUGUACGGAGUGCGCUUGCGACUCCGUUGGAUCUCUUCAUAAUCGAUGUGAUAAACAGAGCGGACAAUGUGUAUGUCGCGAAAAAGGCAUAUACGGUCGUCAGUGUAACCAGUGCCAACCUGGUUUUUGGAGUUUCCCAGAUUGUCGGGUAUGUCAAUGCAAUGAUCACGCAAACAUUUGUGAUCAGCAAACUGGGGCUUGUAUCGAGUGUCGCGAUCUUACAUCUGGUCACUAUUGCGACCGUUGUCAGGACGGAUACUACGGCGAUCCUCGGCUUGGUGUGGGUCUCCCUUGCAAACCGUGUCCAUGUCCUGGCGGACCAACUAGUGGUUUCCAACACGCGGAUACUUGCUACUUACAGCAAGCAAAUAAUACGCAAGACGUGGUUUGUAAUUGUCGAUCCGGUUACACGGGAGAGCGUUGCGCUGAAUGUGCGAUGAACUACUGGGGAAAUCCAACGGAAGUAGGUGGCUCAUGUGAAAGAUGUGAUUGUAACGGCAAUAUCGACAUGGCAGUAGAGGGUAGCUGUGAUUCGGCGACUGGUGAAUGUCUGAAGUGUCUUCACAACACUGAAGGUGUGAUGUGUGAAAAUUGCGUUGAUGGAUUCUAUGGUGAUGCGAAGCUCAAGAGUUGUCAAAGAUGUGUCUGCAAUAAUCUCGGUACCAACUCAAGUGCUGGAACUUGUGAUAGAGUGACCGGCCAGUGCCCUUGCUAUCCAAAUGUUAUCGGAAUGCAGUGCGAUCAGUGCGCCGAGAAUCACUACGAUCUUAGCAGUGGGCAAGGGUGUGCUGCCUGUAAUUGCGAUCCGAAUGGUGUUGCACUCGAUGCGCAUGGAUCGCCUGAGCUGCAAUGCAACCAGUUUGAUGGAAGAUGCCAUUGCAAAGUUGGACGAGGAGGUCGAACAUGUUCUGAAUGUGAAGACUAUUUCUGGGGUGACCCAACUACGGCAGAGGGUUGUAAAAGGUGCGAAUGCAAUCCGACUGGUUCUGAGAGCUUACAGUGUCAUCGGAAUAAUGGCACAUGUGUUUGCCUUCCUGGAUCUGGAGGCGACCUGUGCAACGAAUGCGCCCGUGGCUAUACUGGAACAUGGCCUUUCUGUCAGCCAUGUGGCGAAUGUUUCCAUCAGUGGGAUUCUAUCAUACAAGACUUGAAAAAGCAAGUGGACACGCUUAUUGACACUGCUGCCAAUAUCGAAGACACUGGAGUAGCUUCCGCUUAUGAUGAGGAGUUCGAAAAAAUGGAGGCUACGUUGGAGGAAACCAAGAAGAAGCUCGCAGACGCCAAUAUAAGUAAAGAACACAUAGAAGAACUAGAAAAUGAAGUUGCAAAGCUCAAGAAGGAGGUUGGCACCGCUCGUGAAAAGUUGGACGAUAUUGAAGCUCGGGUCUCUAACGCAACUCAGGCUGUAGAUUUUGCUCAAGAAGAUCUCAAACAACUGCAAUCAGACGCUGUCCGCCUCACCGAAGCCGCAGACGAUUUGCGUGAGAAGACAAAUAAGAUCAAGGAAGCUGAUGUUCAGGGUGCAUAUAACAUAACAAAAGAAUCUGCGGCCCGAUCGUUGGAGGCUCAAAGACGAACCGAUGCUGCAAUCGGCAAGUUAGCCGAAGCGGAAAGCGAGGCGCGGGAUGCAGAGGCUUUGCUCGAAAAAAACCGCGAUGACUUUGAAAAGCAGUAUGCAGAAAACGAAGCAGCCUUGGCCGAGAGUGAGCAGAAAUUGCAUAUGCUGGAAGCCGCAUUACCAACUUUGAACGCGGAAGUCUGUGGAGCUGCCUCUGCCCCAUGUGAUGCUCUCUGUGGCGGGCCUGGAUCUUGUGGCUUUUGCGGUGGUCAGUCGUGUCUAGAAGGUGCAGUCAGUAAAGCAGACCAAGCAAGGAGUUUUUCUCUUGAAGCUGAUCUGAAACUCAAUGAGAAGCAGAAGGAGGCGGAAGAAGUGCUUACAUUGGUCCGAGACGUACUUCAUUCGACGGCUGCCGCUAAGAAGGAUGCGCUAGCCGCCUUAGAAGUUGCAAGAAAAGCAGCUCAGCAAACGAACUCUUCGCGUGCGGAACUGGAUCAAAUUGUUGACCAAAUGAACACUUUCUUGAAAAGCUCGAGGAGCUCACCCGAGCAGAUAAGAGCUCUAGCAGAAGAGGUGCUUGCAAAGAAAAUCAGCCUUACCCCAGAACAAGUGGCGGAUCUAACUGCGAAGAUUCGUGAUUCUCUCACGAAAAUCAGCAAUAUUGGUGCUAUUCUCACAGAAACCCGUGGAAACAAGACGUUGGCGACUAAUCUUGAAGCAAAGGCAAUGGAAGCGGGAGCACGUGCUGCAGCCAUUAAAAAUACUACAGAUACUGUUAGGGAAGCGAUUGCAGUUGCUGAGGAAGCACAGUUGGCGGCUACUGAAGCGAUCAAGUCUGCUGAGGAAGUGAUGAAGCUUGCUAGAGAGCACCUUGAUGCUGCUAAGGCGGAGGCUGAUGCUACAGAAGCUCGUGCUAAAGAGGUCAACAGCAGUCUUUCUUUACUCGAAGGCGAAAUGAAGAAGGUCAAGGUGCAGUACCUGCAAAUAGCCGAUGACGCCAAAAACGCAUUCAACUUGGUUGACAAAGCCUUGCAAGCAGCAAAAACUGCUGAGCAUGGAAAUAAGCAGAUGACGAUGGAUAUCGAAGAAGCGAAACGGCUUUUAUCGGAGAGGACACAAGGUAAUGAAGCUCCUCAGAAACGGGCCGAAGCACUGCGUCAAAGAGCUUCGAAACUGCUCUACAAGGCACAACGAAGUAAUGAUGAUAUCAGCGUGCUGACGAAGGAUGCUUCGGAUGUGCGGCUUGACGACUACCAACGAACAUUGGACGACUUGAAUUCUCGUCUGGAACAGGUCACCAAAGACAUACAUGCUAGCACAGAAUUCUUUGCCAACUGCGAUGUUUAA